UGGUCAUUGGUCACACACUUAAUAAAACGUGUUAAAUGUUGAGUUAGUAAUUAAUUAUUUUGAGGUAUACGCCUUUUAAUUAGAAAAUUGAUUGAUUUGAUUGAUUAAACUUAGUUUGGAUUACUGCUUGCAACUGGUCCCAUAGCACUUUGUUUAGUACGUCGUAGUUUUAAAUAAUUUAUACAUCCUAAUAAUGGAUAGCAAGUACCGUCGGAAUGGUCGCCUCAUAGAUAUAGUAGAUGAGGAAUGGAAAGCAGAACAAUUGCCUGACGAGGACAUUCAGGUUCCUCUGGAAGAACUACCUGACCCUGAGGCUGACAGUGCAGACUCACAUCUCACUCUCAAAGAACAGAGUAUGCGGUGGCAGGAGAACUUCCCAGAACCGGCUAGCAGUAAUCAAAACUAGG